UAGUCCGAUUUCAACCAUGUUGGUUUUGAAGUUCCCAGGAGCCACGAGGAACUCUCCUCUUCGUCAUACGCACCUCAACCACGCUUUGGAUGUUUUCGAGUCUUUAAACAUCGUCAAGAUAUCCCUACUACACUGAAAGAUGGGUAAGGAAGACAAGGAAACAUGGAAGAGUAAUUAUUUCAACAAGUUGAUUCAACUUUUGGAGGAAUAUCCAAAGUGUUUCAUUGUUGGUGCCGACAAUGUCGGUUCAAAGCAAAUGCAGCAGAUUAGGGUGUCUCUCCGAGGGUCAGCUGUAGUAUUAAUGGGUAAGAACACCAUGAUGAGAAAAGCAAUCCGAGGACACAUUGAGAGAAAUCAAGCACUUGAAAAAAUCCUUCCACACAUCAGAGGGAAUGUUGGCUUUGUGUUUACACGAGGUGAACUUCCUGAAGUAAGAGACAAAUUGUUGCAAAACAAGGUCCGUGCCCCAGCUAGAGCAGGUGCCAUUGCUCCGUGCCCUGUAGUAAUUCCAGCGCAGAAUACUGGUCUCGGUCCUGAAAAAACUUCCUUCUUCCAGGCCCUUUCCAUCCCGACCAAAAUUUCAAAAGGAACAAUUGAAAUCAUAAAUGAUGUCCACAUUUUAAAAGAAGGUGACAAAGUAGGAGCAUCAGAAGCAACUUUGCUCAACAUGCUGAACAUUUCACCAUUUUCCUAUGGGUUAGUAGUGGAAAUGGUGUACGAUUCUGGUACCUGCUUUGAACCCAGAAUUUUGGACAUUAAGCCAGCAGAUCUACGUGGAAAAUUUUUGGAAGGAGCCGCUCGUGUGGCAUCAGUUUGUUUUGAAAUCGGGUAUCCUACUAUUGCAUCUGCUCCUCACAGUAUUGCCAAUGGAUUGAAGAACCUGUUGGCUGUUGCUGCUGAGACUAAUGUUGAAUUCAAAGAAGCAGAAAUGAUUAAAGAAUAUCUUAAGGAUCCUUCUAAGUUUGCUGCUGCUGUAGCUGUUGCUGCUCCAGCUCCUGCUGAUGCUAAAGCAGCUGCUUCGCCAGCAAAGGAGGCUCCCAAGGAAGAAUCUGAUGAAUCAGAUGGCGAACUUGGAUUUGGCCUUUUUGAUUGAAAAGCUUAAUUUUAUGGAGAGAUAAAAUAAAUGUUGCAUUUGUGGAGAACCUGACGGUCGGAAUAAAUUUUAAAAAA